AUGAGAGAGAGCAGAUGAUGCUCAAGAACACAAACCUGACCAAUGAGAGAGAGCAGAUGAUGCUCAAGAACACAAACCUGACCAAUGAGAGAGAGCAGCUAAUAUCCAAGACUGAAGACCUAACCAAUGAGAGAGAGCAGCUAAUAUUCAAGAACACAAACCUGACCAAUGAGAGAGAGCAGCUAAUAUUCAAGAACACAAACCUGACCAAUGAGAGACAGCAGCUAAUACUCAAAAACACAAACCUGACCAAUGAGAGACAGCAGCUAAUACUCAAGAACACAAACCUGACCAAUGAGAGAGAGCAGCUAAUACUCAAGAACACAAACCUGACCAAUGAGAGAGAGCAGCUAAUACUCAAGAACACAAACCUGACCAAUGAGAGACAGCAGCUAAUACUCAAGAACACAAACCUGACCAAUGAGAGAGAGCAGCUUACCCUCAAGAACACAAACCUGACCAAUGAGAGAGAGCAGCUAAUACUCAAGAACACAAACCUGACCAAUGAGAGACAGCAGCUUAUCCUCAAGAACACAAACCUGACCAAUGAGAGAGAGCAGCUAAUACUCAAGAACAAAAACCUGACCGAUAACAGAGAGCAGCUAAGAAGUGAACUUCUGAUUUGUGUUGGAUGGAUUUUCUAUCAGUCCAGUUUUUACUACAUGUCCAAUGAGACAAAGAACUGGACUGAGAGCAGACAAGACUGUCAGAAGAGAGGAGCAGAUCUGAUCAUCAUAAACAACAGAGAGGAAUAUUAUUUUGUUCAGAACAAGUCUGGUGCUGCUGCAGUUUAUAUUGGUCUGACUGACACUGAAGUGGAAGGCAACUGGAAAUGGGUUGAUGGCAGCAAUCUGACCUCUGGUUUCAGCUCCUGGGCACCUGGACAGCCAGAUGAAUACAACACAGUAAACGAGGACUGUGCUAUGACGGUAGCUGUGCCUCUGCCAGAGUUUGCUAAUAUAGAAGGGUGGCAUGAUGUUGCAUGUAAUAAAGCUUUUAAAUGGAUCUGUGAGAAGAGGACUUCACAGUUCAUACUUCCAUAAGAACACACACACCUCUUGACACAAGUUCAACAAUACAAAACUUUUGUAAUUGAUUCUCAUCUAAAGCAGAUUUUCUCAAUCUUGUUCCAGGAGGACCUAUAACAUUGAACAUUUAAUCUUUUUUUUUUCCUUUGUCAGACACACAUACAUGUGCCGGUGUUUCUUCUAAUGAGCUGAUAAGUUGAGUCAUGUAUGUUUAAUUAGAAAGACUUUUUUUUUUAGGAGUUAGUAGUGCCGUCAGCAUUUAGUAAUGUUUCAGUAGUUUUUAAAAUAUUUAUACAUUAUUAUUUCAUCCCAGGUUUGGUUUGUAAACCUUUUUUCAAAGUUAUAAAGUAUGUGAGAUGAUUACAGUUGAGUUAAGAUGAUCCAAAAUAAAUGUUUACAAGCACACAUGCUUAACCAAUUAAAGGGCAA